GCGCCCAGGGGUGGCUGUGCUGAGCACUGGUGGCAGCAGGGACGGUGACAUCCAUCCCGACAGUGUCCUCGCUGGCUCGGGAUGGCCGAGCUGGCAGGACGCCGUGCCGGCUGUGCCCGGGGUGACAGCCCUGUCCCACGGGAAGAGGAGCACUCCUGGGCUCAGCUCCUGGGCUCCCAACCCAGCCCGGGGCACCGGAGCAGCUCCAGCUCCAUCUGCACCGAGGACUUUGCUGCCAGCUUUUGGGAGGGAAUGGUGGAGCCCCUGCUGUGCCAGGAGGAGCUUGCUGGGGACGUGCCCACGGAGGGAACUCAUCCUGGGCAGGAGGAGUCCUUGUUGCCCGCAGGGAGAAGCCCGGACGUGCGGCCACAGCUGGCGAUGGAGCCGGGCAGACAUUCCUGGCAGGACAGGGCUCCGUCCCGGAGGAGGAGGGAGAGCCUGGAGUCUCUGGGAGCGAGGAUAUCCCGCCUGAGCCACGCGGGGAUGGCCUGGGGGGUCCCCGGGCCAGUCCCCUCUGGGCAGCCAGCUCUGGGCCGCAGGGACUCUCCCCAUGGGGACCUGUCGGCCAUGGCCUCGCCUGGGCAUUCCUGGAGAACUCCAGGGAUCUCUGCUGGCAGGAGCAGGGCUGGGACAAGGACAGGCUCUCCUGGCAGCAGUUUUCCCAGGGCCAGCAGUGCCAUGCCCAGGGGACAUCCCGCCCUGGGCAUGAGGCGACAGGAGCCACCAGCUCUCUGGAGACGUGGGGGGAAUGUCACCUUCGCUGUGGAUGAUGUGGACAGGGCAGGAGCAGGCAGCAGCAGCAAGAGUGCUGGCACAGCAGUGGGAGCCCCCGGGCGAUGGGGGUCACCUGUGUCCCCAGGUGGGGACCAGGAAGUGGGGCUGCCCUGCAAGAGGAUGGUGAGGUGA